GUACCCCCAGCUCGCCAGCAAUAAACCAGCGCUCCCCAAACCGCAACCAUGGCCGGUCCCAGCAAGUCUUUGAUCCUUGAUCCGGCCCUCCAGAAAUACUACGAACUCAACGCCAACCGCUACAAGUACUUCCGGUGGACGCCGCGCCAUGCCUGGUUCUCGUUCCUCUAUAUGGCGCUGAUUCCUGGUGCGCUGGGCUAUGUCGCUUACAAGACUGAUGGUCUGUACGAGCUGCGUGGAAAGCGCAGGGGCGAUACGAUUGUCGAGUGGUAGAUCGAUUCGAUCCUCUCAUGUGUGGUUGGGCGGGAGAAAAGCGUGAUGUGAUGUGAUGUGAUGCGAUGGGUCGGGCUGGAUGUGUAUCUACUACUACUAUUAUACCGUUAUUGAAGAUUUCGUUUACUACAGC